GAUGUGAUCAUGAUCUCUGCAACUGGUUCUGGGAAAACACUCAACUUCUGGCUGCUACUGCUCUUCAAUGGUGAUGGAAUCAUGGUCCUCAUCACACCACUUAACAUCAUAGGAGAUGAGAACUACAAUGAGUUGAAAGAAAUUGGGAUAAAUGCAAUUAACUUGACAAUGUCCAUGGCAACAGAAGAUGUUUACUGGGUGAGUGAGGGCACUUUGACUGUGAAAACUGGAUCAUGUUCUGAUGAACUGUAG